AUGGAACUCCACGCUCCUCAGAUCUGUCCAUAUGUUCAGUCUUUGGUAGAGGCAUUCCACACUUUCGACCGUUUGGAGCAUGAACUGACUACGUGGACACCGUGCACUUCGAACUCAUUCAGAACGAGCAUGAAGAACUUGGUCGUGUCAUUCACAGAUUCUGCAGGUCGCCAGGCGACGCCGUCUGAUCGAUCUGACCAACGUGGGUCGACGGACGAGAACAUGCGUGACUGCUGCCUGGACCAGAACUAUAUGGAUCUGGACUCGCGAGCUGAUUGCAACGGUCUCUGCAUCGAUGACCGAGCCGACCAGGACGCAAACGGCCACGGCUUGAGCGACGUGUCGACCAGCAGCAGCGGCACGAUCUGUCUGUCGUUAACCUCAGCGUCGGCCGGCAACUCGACUACUCACUACUCGUCGCUAGAGUACGCCAGCGGUUCGGCGUCCUCCGACGUCUCCAACAGCGGCGUCACCUGUACAGCCGGACCUGGGGCCGAUGGUGUUCUCUGUCUGUCAUCGCCAUCCGUUCUGCAGCCGCACAACUCGUCUGAAAUCUCUACCACCACCGCAUCGGCAUCAGCGCCCAAGGGACUGUUGUCUAAGCUCAACGGCUCGUUCCAACUCACCGCCGAGAACAAGGAACAGCUGAAGGAGCUUCUCAAGGAUGGUGAAGAGAAUGCGAUGAGGAAGAUUCGCGAGUUCGUAUCGCGCUACCAAUUGAGGCAGCAGGCAAUAGCCGCGAUGACCGGUAUCUCGCAGCCGUACGUGUCUAAAUUUCUGAACGGCAACGCCAGAGAUCUGUCUGAUCGGGUGCGAAACCUGAUGUUCACGUGGUACAUUCUGUGCAAAAACAGCCCCGAAAAGCUGGCCGAGUUACCGACCGACAGUUACAACAGGCUGGCGCUGAGUGAUUCCGGUGAGUUGCUACCUCAGCGACGAGAGAGGUUCGUGUUCAAACCAGUGCAUGUGCGUAUUUUGGAGAAGUAUUUCCAAGACGACCCGUAUCCGAACCACGCCAAACGAGAAGAGAUCGCUGCCAGAUGCAACAGCGCCUACAAAGCCUAUCAACUCGGUUCGGAUUUGUGCCCCAAAGAGCAGGUGUCGGAACAGAUCAUCAGCAACUGGUUUUCGAAUCGAAGAAAGGAGAAGAAGCGGAAAGGAGUGCUGAUUUAUUCGCCGAUCGAAGCGGCGAAUGGCGUAGUGCGAUUGUCCUUGAAACGCUUUUGGAAAUAA